AUGCCUCUCAAGUUUACACCUGCAAGAGUAUUUACAACUGCUUCUCUCUUUACAAUAGCUGGCUAUUCAGCAUAUCAAUAUCGAAUCUCACGUAUCAGCUCUAACACCACGCCCCCCACUUCAUCUAACAAGAUGACGGCCGAUAACUCGUUUGAGACCCUCUUUGCUGUUCCGCUGUCAUGUGACGGUUGUGUCAAGGCGGUUUCAGACUCUCUGUACAAGCUCGGCGGUAUCAGUAAUGUGGAAGGCAACUUGAAGGACCAGUUGAUUUCUGUCAAGGGCACAGCUCCCCCAUCAGCUAUCGUAGAAGCUAUCCAAGCCACCGGAAGAGAUGCCAUAUUGCGUGGAACGGGGGCCUCAAACAGUGCCGCUGUGAGUAUUCUCGAAACAUUUGAAGAUCCUGUGGACGGUUUUUACGAAGAGCCCAGCAGAGAUGUAAGGGGGCUAGCAAGAAUGGUACAAGUUAGUUCAGGACGGACAUUGGUUGACUUGACUAUCCGCGGCGUUUCGCCCGGAACUUACAAAGCUUCAAUUCGCGCAUACGGUGACUUGAAGAACGGUGCAACCUCAACGGGUCCUGUCUGGGCAGGAGAAGACAAGAAGCCUCGGGGUGACCUUGGUACUAUUGCGGUCGGUGAGGAUGGACGGGGCGCUGCCUUCAUAGACCAUGGUUUCCAAAUCUGGGAGGUUAUUGGGCACGCCAUGGUCCUGACAAGGCAGGAAGAGAAGGACGAACCACUGAAGAACGAUAAGGACACCGUCGUCGGCAUUAUCGCACGAAGCGCUGGCAUGUGGGAUAACGAUAAGACGGUGUGCUCAUGCACAGGCAAGACGCUUUGGGAGGAACGAGAGGACGAGGUCCAGAAGGGAAUGCUAUGA